AUGGCCUGUCAUCCCUCCAGCUCGGGCUCCUACACAGUGGUGAUCAUCCCACUCAGGAACAGCCUCUACAGCCUGGACGCACUGCGCUUCUACCUAUGGAUUAAGCGCCUGAAGGAUCUAGAGCGGGAGAAGGACGCUCUGUGGUCUGGGCUGGAGAUUCUAGAGAGGGCUCGAUUCUGGUACCUCCAGCGGCUGCAUGAGAACCGAACCCGGCAGGACAACAUCGAGACCAAAACGAGGCUCUGCUCCUGCAACGAAGAUUCAGCUGAGACUCGCUCCUGCCUCCUCAGGUCUCGGAUCCUGAGGGUGAACGGCUCCCUGGGUUCUGUGAUGACUGAGCCCAACGUGAUGAGCAGCAGCAACCCCUCUCUGCCUGAAACUGUGGCUGACAGUGACCUCCGGUGGCGCAACUCAGUACUGACUCAGGGCGUGAGCUACAGGAAUCGUCAGAUCUCCGUGUUGGAGCUGGAGAAAGACGCUCUCCUCGAGCAGCUGGAUGAACUGCAAGUCUACUGA